AUGGAAUAUAAUUUUUAUAGGUUGAAAUCAGCAGAGGGAGCAAUGCCGCAUCGUCAUUUGAACGUAUCUACUUCAGCAACAGAUUGUAGGUCACAACAUGGGUUAGAUGUACAUCACCAGAUCAAUCCAAAUUCUGACUUAAAUUAUGCUCGAUUAAUGCAGUUGAAUACUUGUUAUGAAGCAAUGCCAACAAGUUCAAAAAUUGUUGUAUUUGAUACAAAAUUGCAACUCAAGAAAGCAUUUAAUGGGCUUAUUUAUCAAAAUACUCGGCAUGUUUUGCUAUUCGAUUCUUCUGAUGAAAAUGUAAUUGUGGGCAUAUUGUCUGUGACAGAUUUUAUACGUGUUCUCUUAUUAUUACAUAAAGUUAAAAAUGGAAAAGUGGAUAAUAAGCAAAAAGAUUGUUGCGCUACAAGCACUGAUAACUGUUCGAUGAAUGAUAGCCAGAAUGAAAAUGGUAGUGAUGUGAAGCAAUCGAAAAUAUCUGUUGAAGAAAGUCAAAACAUUGAUAAUAUAUGUCGAGAAGGAAUGAUAAAGGAAGAAUUGGUAAAUAUCGUAUCAAAUAUGGCAAAGGAAGAUAUUGGAAAACUUACUAUAUCUGAGUAUAGAGAUCUAAUUCGCAGUGAAGGAAAGUUAAUGGAUCUUGUGACAAUAACUGCGGAAGAAAGCUUGUUAAAAGCAGCAUUGUUACUGAGUAAACAUCGUAUACAUCGUUUGCCGGUGAUGGAUCCAAUUGAUGGUAGUGCGUUGUUCAUUUUAACUCACAAACGGAUUCUGAAGUUUUUAUGGCUUUUUGGACAAUCACUUUCAAUUUCCGACCAUCACAAAAAAACAUGUAAAGAACUUGGCGUUGGUACUUAUAAUGGGAUACGCGUAGUAUUUCCCGACACAUCAUUAAUAUUUUGUCUGGAUAUACUGUUAAACAAAGGAGUUAGUGGUGUUCCAGUCGUAGAACGUAGCACAUUACGUGUAGUUGAUAUGUAUUCACGAUUUGAUGCAAUUGGCAUAGUAUUAGAAGAUAAAAUUGACGAUAUUGAUGUAACAGUACAGGAAGCAUUGGCUUUUCGGAAUACAUUCAGAGUUCGAUUUAUUUUUCUCGAAAAAGAUCGCGUUGUAUCGAUAUCAUCACGAGAUUCACUUUGGACAGCAAUUACAGUGCUUGUGGAAAGAAAUAUUCAUCGACUUUGUGUUGUAAGCAGUAAUGGUGUGAUUCAGGGAAUUAUUUCUUUAUCUGAUGUUAUCAAUUUUUUGGUGAUAAGAGUUGCUGAAAAGUUACCAGUUGAAAGUCCAUGUCAUCAUCCACGUGUGCAGCAUACGCAGCAUUGCUCAUUGGGGACACUGCAAGAGGGACCUGAAUUGGGUACGAGUUCAAAUGACCAACCGAGCUCUUCGUUAUCUUACUCGUCGGAGGUCGCUUCAAAGCAUGAAAUAGAGGAUACAGAAGUUUUACUUAAAGAAGAACGGGACAGCUGUGUAGUACAACAAUUUGAAGCUCUUUCCAUGAGCUCAACAUGA